UAAACGAAAGUUUUAGAUUCGAAUUUUAAUUCUAAGUAUCAAAUUGAUUAAAGGCCAAGUCACUAUUUUUAAACCAUUUAAAAGGGUAGGAGUUUUUAGAGAGAACGACAAACCCCAUUCGCUACAGAAGAAGAAUAGAAGAUAAGGAGGCACAAAGAGAUGGGUUCAUGGAGCAAGGCUCUUCUCGCUUCCACGCUUGACCCACUUCCCUCAUUUCCUUCUUCCUCCACUCCCCAUCUUUCCUUCCUUACGAACUUUUCUUCUUCUUCUUCUUAUUCUUCUCCGUUUACUCGGUAUUCACUUUCCUUUCCAUUCAAAAACUCCACUGUCAUCACACUAAAGAACUCUUCCACUUACCCAACACCUCUUUUGCUCUCUUUCUCAUCCACCAACUUCAUUUGCAAAGCUGCUGAGUACAAAUUCCCUGAUCCAAUUCCCGAAUUCGCUGAUGCUGAAACGGAUAAGUUUAGAACGCAUCUGCUGAAGAAACUGUCCAAGAAGGAUAUUUAUGGGGACUCGGUUGAAGAAGUUGUAGGAAUCUGCACUGAGAUAUUUAGUACUUUCUUACACGCUGAAUAUGGUGGUCCUGGGACGCUCUUGGUUAUACCUUUUAUCGACAUGGCUGAUACUUUAAAUGAGCGGGGGCUGCCUGGAGGACCGCAAGCUGCCCGUGCUGCCGUCAAAUGGGCUCAGGAUCAUGUAGACAAGGACUGGAAAGAAUGGAACAGUUCCGAUUGAUAGAAAAGCAAAAAGCCUCCUUAUAUUUGGAAUGUAAUUUAACAUUUUUAAUGUAUGUUGUUAGAGGUAGUUCGGCUAUUCUUACUCUGCUUCCCCGUGAAACUGAGAAGUCAUUUUUUAUUUGAAAACUUGGUAAGUGUAAAUUGACUUCUGAGCCAAUUUUGUUAUGAUAGUUUUGGAGGAAGCAUCGUGUCAGAACUUCACAAUGAUAAUAUGAUCUAUUGACACUUUUUCUAAACUAGAUUAAUCAGAAGAAGCUGUUGAUUUCAAGUAGAAACGGUUUUGAAAAUCAUCUCGUUGUCUCUGCUUCACAAAUUUGAACAAUAAACAAUUCAUCCCCUUUAUCUUUCACAACAAUUAUUGUUCCUGGACUGUGUUAUUUUUUAGCAUAUCCCAAGCAGCUCCAUACAUAAAAUGCAGUGCAAGCAAUCAUAUGCCAUACCUGUUCCUUCUGCCACCAUGAAUUCUUGAAGUGUCAAAUGCACCCUCUUCUUGCUUUUUGUAAAGGGGUUCUUUGGUGAAGUGAGGAAACUAAGCAAUUAAGUAGAAUGGAAUGUGUCAGAGGACGGUCAAGAAAAAGAUCGGAGCAGUUUCUGAAGUAUAGUGCAGCGGCAGGAGACGGUAGAUGGGGAAAUAAAGCUAAGUACAAGAGAGAAUAAUGUUGAGAACAAGAUUUUAGGAAAGAAGAAAUUGCAGAGAGAAUUUGAGAGGAAGUUGUGAUAAAUCUGUUCAGCUACAAAAGCCUCUUUAAUAAGUUGUGGGAGCUUUUAUAUAUAGUUACGUAACAUAAGUAUUGAAUAUGAAUAAUGGUUAAUAAUGGUGGAAUUGAUCAUUAUAAAAUGUGUUCAUGUAUU